AUGGGUCCUCUGAUCCAAGAUCUGUCUGCAAUACUGACUGUCCUUGAACCAGCACCUGACACAGAUCUGUCUGCAAUACUGACUGUCCUUGAACCAGCACCUGACACAGAUCUGUCUGCAAUUGUGACUGUCCUUGAACCAACACCUGACAAAGAUCUGUCUGCAAUACUGACUGUCCUUGAACCAGCACCUGACACAGAUCUGUCUGCAAUUGUGACUGUCCUUGAACCAACACCUGACAAAGAUCUGUCUGCAAUUGUGACAGUCCUUAAACCAGCACCUGACACAGAUCUGUCUGCAAUACUGACUGUCCUUGAACCAGCACCUGAAACAGAUCCAUCUGCAAUUGUGACUGUCCUUGAACCAGCACCUGAAACAGAUUUGUCUGCAAUACUGACUGUCCUUGAACCAACACCUGACACAGAUCUGCCUGCAAUACUGACUGUCCUUGAACCAGCACCUGACACAGAUCUGUCUGCAAUUGUGACUGUUCUUGAACCAGCACCUGACACAGAUCUGUCUGCAAUUGUGACUGUUCUUGAACCAGCACCUGACACAGAUCUGUCUGCAAUACUGACUGUCCUUGAACCAACACCUGACACAAAUCUGUCUGCAAUACUGACUGUCCUUGAACCAGCACCUGACACAGAUCUGUCUGCAAUUGUGACUGUCCUUGAACCAGCACCUGACACAGAUCUGUCUGCAAUUGUGACUGUCCUUGAACCAGCACCUGACACAGAUCUGUCUGCAAUUGUGACUGUCCUUGAACCAGCACCUGACACAGAUCCGUCUGCAAUACUGACUGUCCUUGAACCAGCACCUGACACAGAUCUGUCUGCAAUUGUGACUGUCCUUGAACCAGCACCUGACACAUAUCUGUCUGCAAUUGUGACUGUCCUUGAACCAGCACCUGACACAGAUCUGUCUGCAAUUGUGACUGUCCUUGAACCAGCACCUGACACAGAUCUGUCUGCAAUUGUGACUGUCCUUGAACCAGCACCUGACACAGAUCUGUCUGCAAUUGUGACUGUCCUUGAACCAACACCUGACACAAAUCUGUCUGCAAUACUGACUGUCCUUGAACCAACACCUGACACAGAUCUGUCUGCAAUUGUGACUGUCCUUGAACCAGUACCUGACACAGAUCCGUCUGCAAUUGUGACUGUCUCUGAACCAGCACCUGACACAGAUCUGUCUGCAAUUGUGACUGUCCUUGAACCAGCACCUGACACAGAUCUGUCUGCAAUUGUGACUGUCCUUGAACCAGCACCUGACACAGAUCUGUCUGCAAUUGUGACUGUUCUUGAACCAGCACCUGACACAGAUCCGUCUGCAAUACUGACUGUCCUUGAACCAGCACCUGAAACAGAUCUGUCUGCAAUACUGACUGUCCUUGAACCAGCACCUGACACAGAUCUGUCUGCAAUUGUGACUGUCCUUGAACCAGCACCUGACACAGAUCUGUCUGCAAUUGUGACUGUCCUUGAACCAGCACCUGACAAAUCUGUUGGACAUAGACAAUCCUUGAAUCCACACUGA